AUGGAGGCGGCAAAGGCGGCAGAGGCGCUUGCAUCUGCGUCUGAGCCUGCGCAUUCACCGACGACGAGGGCGCUGACGGGGGAGCAGACGCGGGCGCUAUUCGACAUCCUCACGCACCGUGAGACGUAUGCCGAGAUUGAAGGCUUCAAGGCCCCGGAUGCGGUGACGGGCUACGGGUUUCCGUUUACGAGGACGAUGCCGAAGCUGACGGCCGACGACGAGGCUGUGACAGAAUCCACAUCGCCGCUGUUGCAGUUCAUGCUGACGAAGCUGGUGCUGCCGCUGCCGGGCGUGCGAGACCUGCCUGCCGAGUUCUGGAACGUGAGGAUGCAGGGCCUGCUGGCGCGCUUUGCAGAGGCCGAGCUGUCGGAGAGCUACGACAAGGGCGCCAUGGGCACGAGGAAGACGUUGGCGACGGGGGCGAGCAGCGUGCUGGAGAUGGUGGCGAGGGGGAUCCUGGGCGGCGUCGACAGGGCGGGCGAGGAUGCGGCGGGCAGGGAGUACGACGAAACCAAGGCGGAGGAUCUGCUGAGGGCAUUUGGACACGUGUUGGAGGAUUGGGCGUAUGGUAAUUUGAUGGAGCAGGUGUCGGAGCAUGUCACGGCGACGGAGGAUGUGGAGAGCCUUUCGCCGGCUGUCAAGGCUGCGCUGAACUAUGCCAUUAUCAACGUCGCCACCUUUGCUCAUCACACCUUUACCGUCUCUCCAGAAGGCCAGGACUUGCUCAAACUGAUUGAGAAUCUCAACAGCUUGGUGCCCUACAAGAUGAUCAAGCAGACGCUGCGCAUCGGAAACGCAGCUACUAUGAUUAGCGGCAUGAUGCGCCUCAUGCUGGCAAAGUUGAGCGUCACCAGCUUGACCAACUGGGUCGGCUUGACGGCCAACGCAGACGACGGGAUGAAUCUCCUGCAGAGAAUCAUUUCGUUGGCCUUAUCGUGGGAUGCUUCCGAGUUCAAGAAGAGCGUUGAUAAGGUCGAAAAGGGUAAGGGAGAUGCGGCGCCGACGGAUGAGAUGCUAGAGGCGAUUCGGUUACAUGUUGGGUUACCUCGGAGCGAGCAUCUUGCUAUUCGAGAGGCCAGCACGCGGGAUUCAGAGUCGAUUAUCGUGGCUAUUCUUAAUGCCUCAGAUCCGCAGCUGGCGUCGUCUCUUACGGAAGCUCAGCACACGCAGUGCCUGGAGUAUUACUCUGGGCUGCUCUCCGUUCAUGAUCGCGACGCCAUCACGUCGGUAUUGUGUCGGCAGCCGCCGGAUUUGUUUACCCAAGCCAUCAAGGACGUCGUCGGUGCGUACGAUCCCAUGAUUCGGAGCGUGCACUCACAAAUCGACAUUCGGUAUUAUCUCGAGGCGAUACAAAGCUUCGUGUCGGAACUUAUCCGCGUUAGCAGACCCAAGAAAGUGAAGAGGAGUAAGAAAAAGGACGACAGCGGCGAAGGCAGCUCCAAGGAAGAAGAGGACGAAGAGGAUGGGGCGAGCGUCGAGGAUUACGUGGUGCUGUUGCGGAACCAUAGAGGUCUGUUGUACAAAUGGGUGCACGACUUUGCCAAGAAUUGUCCCGAGGUGUGGAAGGACUUUCCCGCGUGGGGGCAGGAUAUCGCCGUGAGGUUUCGAAAGCCGGAUGCUGAGGGCGGUGAUAAGGGGCUGGGGGCGAAGAGGAGGAUGGAGGAGCAGCUUGAUGAGAUGGUUGGGGGUCUUGAUGGGGCGGUGCGGGAGGAGGUGUUGAGGGCUGUUGAUGCGCAUGCGCGGUAUCUUGCGGCUAUCACUGAGCUCUCGCAGAGGCGGUUACAGGCCGUCAUUGAUGCUUCUGGAUCUGGAUCUGGGUCUGGAUCUGGAUCUACCUCUCGGACUACGGCAUCUGGUCCGGGAAUCUAUCUCUCGCAGUGGCAGUCACUCCUCGACUCGACAAUCAUCACGCCAUCUUCGAAACAAGGCCCUCUUCGUCACGGCGAGGACGUCAAAUACGUCACCACCAUGGGCAAGCUUGGUCUCGGAGGACGGAAAUUGAAAGGAGGCAAGGGGUUGGGAGAUGAGGAGUUGAAGGCCCCGGAUGUGAGUGUUGUGGUGACGGCUUUGGGGGAUGCAUUUAGAGAUGUGAUACGGCAGAGGGCAGGGGAAUGA